CCAAGGACCCAGAAGGAAAGUCCACCUUCCCAGCACAGCUGAGCCGUCCACCCUCUCGGCUACUUGUCAGGCUGACUACCAGCUCAAAGGGGGUUGUUGAAGGGGAGGAGCAUCCCAGGACCCUAGGUUAAGAGCUGCCCUAGAGUUGGUAGAACAGAAACAGAAAAGAGACCAGCAGCCAGAGUAAAGGUGGAGGGACCAGGACACGCUGCCACAAAUCCACAGAGAGGCCUGCACAAUCCAGAAACAAUGUCAACGGACGAUAUGAGUAAGCCUAGCAACCCCAAGACCCCUGAGCCCAAGCACUGUGAUCCCAGGUGUGAACAGAAGUGUGAGUCCAGCUGCCAGCCCAGCUAUUUAAAGAAGCUGCUGCGAGGCUGCUCUGAAAAGUGCUCACGCGAGAAGUGUCCUCCACCUCCAGAGUGCCCGCCGGCGUGCCCCCCCAAGCCCUGCUCCAAGCCUUGCCCUCCUAAGUGCACCCCUGCCUGCCCACCCCCAGAGUGAGGCACCAUGGUUGCCACCACCAUGCCGCCACCACGGCCCCGUACGACGCCUGCGGCUGGAACCCAAGCCCUGACCUGACGAGUAAAGGUGACUUCUGCUGCGCAUGGCCUCCCAGGGUCCUGGGGGGUUUGCUUUCCUCCGUCGUCGUCGUUUCAGAGCAUGGAAGCACCAAGAACCAAUCCCUAAGGAGCGAGUGGGACCAGAGUUCCAGACCUCCACUACCAAAGCCCUUCGAGUCCCCGCUGCCCUCUGUCCCUGUCUGCUUCUUAGAGGAAGCUGCCCGUCCUGCAGAGUGCAUCGCAGGAGCACAGGCCCCUGGGAGAACAGUGAACAUGGCGGCAGCUGGGAAAAUGCAGGAACCCCAGGGAGUGAAACGUAGAGGGCCUGAGAGGAAAAGCGGAGGCGGACUUUAGCAAACUCUUAGUACGGUAUCCUAAUGGCUAUGCAGAUGGCUCUGAGAACCCACCGUGUGGGUUUAAACUCUAGCUCUG